GCGCAGGUGUGGACGCUCCGUGACUCGGAGGAUGACAAAACACGUUUGAGAUUGUGAAUUUUUUUAUUGGAUUGGAGAGUUUUACGCGCGUGUUGGUGGUGAAUGGCACGUUCGGACGCACGGCACGUCCCGGGGAGUGAAUCAUCGCCUUCCUCGGUGCUCGGGAUGAUGAUGAUGAUGAUGCUGAUGCUGUCAACGCCGCUGCUCCUUUAACGCGUCACGGACAGAGCACCGCGUACCCGAGCCUCCUCCCGCCUCACGCCUCACGCCGCCGCCGCCGCCGUCGUGUUUCUCCGUCGGGCUCGAGUCAUGGAGGAGAUUCUACGGAAGCUGCAGAAGGAGGCGUCCGGACACAAGCACAAAGCGCUGCGGGACGCGUGCGUGUGCGCCUGCGAAACUCUGGAGCUGCAGAAUGGAACAGGCAAAGUCCCGCCCUCCAAACUACGUGAAAACAGUUAAAUCCCUCUUGAAAUGGCCCUGGAGUCCAAGAGCACGAAACUGGGACAGACGGCACUGACCGGGAUGCAGAAGCUGCUCUGUGACGACCGUCUGGUGGCAGGUCUGGGUCUGGAGGUGGAGAUGUUGGAGAAGCAGCUCUUGUCUCAGAUGUUGGAGGCUCUGAGGGUCACGCCCGGGCUCCACGAGGACCUGCAGGUGGAAGUGAUGAAGGUUCUUCUGUGCAUCACCUACUCGCCAAACUUCGACCUGAACGGAGACUCCAUCCUCCGCAUCGCCCAGGUGUGUAUGGAGACGUACGAGGCGAGCGGUCACCAGAGGAGCAUCAACACGGCGGUCAGAGCCACACUCAGUCAGAUCCUGGGAGACUUGGCCCUGCAGCUGCGCCACAGACAAGAGGGAGCGGAUGGAGAUGAGGUGACGGCCCCACCGCUGCAGAGGAAAGACGUUUCCCCGACGAGUCAGGCUCUGUGUGAGGACGUGGUCACCGUGCUCACGGUGUUCUGUGAGAAACUCGAGUCUGUGGACAGUGACAACCCUCUGCUGCAGCUCUUGUACCUGGAGUGUAUUCUGUCCAUGCUGAGCAGCUGCCCUCCCACAAUGCACCUGUCCAGAGGCUUCACUGACCUCGUGUGGAAGCAGCUGUGCCCGUCCCUCGUGGCCAUCAUGGGGAAUCCCGUCAACGACAAAACCAUCACUUCACACCACGGCCACACGGGGGCGCUGGAGAGGGACAGACUCACUCUGGUGGGCCUGGAGCUGGACUCUUCCUCCGGGGGGGUGUCGGACCAGGGCAGAGGUUCGGGCUGCUCCUCUAGCGCCCCCUCCAUCACGGCCCCGGUGGUGCGCACCGUGUGUUACAUCGCGGCAGAGCUGGUGAGGCUGGUGAGCUGCGUGGAGUCAAUGAAACCUGUUCUCCAGUCGCUGUACCACCGGGUCCUGCUGUACCCGCCGCCCCAACACCGCACCGAGGCCAUCCGCAUCAUGAAGGAGAUCUUGGGCAGUCCUCAGAGGCUCCUGGAUCUGGCCGGUCCCUGCGUGGCCGAACCGGAGCCGAGGAAGAGGUCGUUCUCCAAGAGGAAGUCCCACCUGGACCUUCUGAAGCUGGUGAUGGACGGCAUGAGCGAGGCGUGCGUGAAAGGAGGCGUGGAGGCCUGCUUCUCCUCGGUGUCGUGUGUGUGCGCCCUGCUGGGGGCGCUAGAGGAGCUGUCGCAGGGACGAGGGAUACAGCCUGAGCAGGCGCGGGUGCUGCUGCGGCGUCUGGACGAGCUGAAGGAGGGCACAGAGUCCACGCGCGAGUCCAUGGAGAUAAACGAGGCGGACUUCAGGUGGCAGAGGCACGUCCUGUCCGCCCAGCCUCCCCCCUGGCACCCGAGCUCCGAGCCCAGCCCCGACAUCAGCAUCAGCAUCACCACCGAGACCGGCCACACCACGCUCGACCUGGAGGGGGCGCUGGAGCACACCACGCCCGAGGAGUGCGGCGAGGAGGUGCGGAUCCCGUCCCCGUCGUCGUGCCUGAGCCAGGACGAGGAGGCCCGGAGGCAGCUGACCCCCCGAGCGGAGCCGGGCCGCGGGGGGGAGGAGGAGCGACCCGACGGGGACAGAGACAGACCGGCCGCCGGAGGAGGAGGAGGAGGCAUCGUUCCUCCGGACGUCCUGCAGAGGAGCCACGGCCUCGUCUACCCCGACAUCACCAACUUCCUGUCCGUGGAGUCCAGGGGGCGGGGCUACCACGGGGCGGGGUCGGCGCGCUACAGCGAGAGCAACUUCAGUAUGGAGGAGCAGGACUUGUCUCGCACGGAGCUGGACUCGUGUGACCAGUACUCGAUGGCGGCGGAGAAGGACUCGGGCCGGUCCGACGUGUCCGACAUCGGCUCCGACAACGUGUCCCUGGCCGACGAGGAGCAGACCCCGCGGGACUGUCCGGGUCACCGCUCCCUCCGCACCGCCGCCCUCUCCCUCAAACUGCUGCGCCACCAGGAGGCCGACCAGCACAGCGCUCGCCUCUUCCUCCAGUCGCUCGCCGCUCUCCUGCCUCGUCUCCUGGGGCUGCCCACGGCCUCCGAGGUGGACUCCAGUCUGCAGAACUUCUCCUCCACCUUCUGCUCCGGGCUGCAGGCCGGGGGCGUCCACUCUCCGGGGCUGGAGCCUGGAGACACUCUGAGCUGCCAGUCGCUCAUGAACGCAGACGGUCUGUACCUGAUCUCCUACUACGCCCUGCUCCUCAACCUCAAACUCCUGUGUGCAGAUCACUACAGGAGGAGAAUACUGCCCCCUGUGCUCAGCCUGUGUGUGUUGUGCGUUGUGCGUUUGGUGCAGAGCAGUGGGGUGCUGGUGGUUCUGUCUCAGGCCUGGAUCGAGGAGCUUUAUCAGCAGCUGUUGGAGCGUAACCUGCUGGCGGAGGCGGGGUACUACGGCUCCCCCGAGGACCAGCGCCUGCCCCUCGUCACCAUGCUCAUGGAUAUCGACGGUCUGGGCAGCAGCGCCAUCGGGGGGCAGCUGAUCCGGAGCGCGUCUGUACAGUCGCCUCUGUCGUCUGAGAAAAACUCCAGUGACACCGUCAUGGCAGGCUCAGUGUUCGCCCGCUUCCUCCUGAGCGGCGUGUGGAAGAACCUGAUGGAGGUGCUGUCCACUCCUCUGACCGGGCGCAUGGCGGGCAGCUCCAGGGGCCUGUCCUUCAUCCUGGGCACCGAGGGCCGAGAGGAGCAGAGCCACCGGGAGAGAGACGCCAUCUGCCUCAGUCUGGACGGGCUCCGCAAGGCCGCCGCGCUCAGCUGUGCCCUCGGAGUGGCGGCUCACUGCGCCUCGGCCUUGGCUCAGAUGGCCGCGGCGUCGUGUGUGCAGGAGGAGCGGGAGGACAGGGAGCAGCUGGAGACCGGGGACGCCAUCACACAAGUGAAGCAGCGCGUGGAGCAGAGGCUGGAGCAGAUGCGGGGCCCCGGGGUCCGUCUGCACACGGCUCAUGUUCUCUGUAUGGACGCCAUCCUCAACGUGGGUCUGGAGAUGGGCAGCCACAACCACGACUGCUGGCCUCACAUCUUCAGGGUGACAGAGUACAUCAGUUCUCUGGAGCGCAGUCACUUCAGCGACGGCUCUCAGCCCUCGUCCCUCACCACCGUCACUCAGACCCUCCACAGCUGCAGCGUGGACCAGGGGCUGGAGCUGAGCGCCGAGCCCGGCCCCGACGCCUCGGAGCUGGGCCUCAGUCAGCCCGUCAUCCAGCCGCUGUCCAUCCAGGAGCUGCUGCGGGAGGGCGUCAGGGGCAAAGGCCUGGACCUGCGGGGGGGCAGCCUGCUGAGCGGGAGCAGCGCCGCGAAGGCCGUGUGCACCCUGUCCACGCAGGCCGACAGGCUGUUCGAGGAGGCCUCCACUCAGCUCAACCUGGAGGCUCUGGUGGGCUUCCUGCAGCAGCUGAGGAGAGCCUCUCAGUCCCAGCUCUUCUCCUCCGUCACAGACACUGGGGACUACUCCCUGGCCAUGCCCGGAGAGGCCAAGUCGACUCAGGACCGGGCUCUCCAUCUCUUCCGUCUGGGGGAGUCCAUGCUGAGGAUCGUCAGGAACAAGAGGCGCCCCCUGCUGCACAUGAUGAGGGCCUGGAGUGUGGUAGCGCCUCAUCUGGUGGAGGCGGCGUGUCACUCGGAGCGUCACGUGUCCCAGAAGGCCGUGUCCUUCCUCCACGACGUCCUCACCGAGGUCCUGAGCAGCUGGGCCGAGCUCCCGCACUUCCACUUCAACGAGGCCCUGUUCAGACCCUUCGAGCACAUCAUGCAACUGGAGCUGUGCGACGACGACGUGCAGGACCAGGUGGUGACCUCCAUCGGGGAGCUGGUGGAGAUGUGUUCUCCUCAGAUCCUGUCGGGCUGGAGGCCUCUGUUCAGCGCUCUGAGGACGGUCCACAGCAGCAAGAGCGAUACCAAAGACUACCUGCAGGGGGAGUACUCCAUGGGUAAAUCCCAGGCUCCGGUGUUCGACGUGUUUGAGGCCUUCAUAAACACGGACAACAUCCAGGUGUUCGCCAACGCCGCCACGGAUUACAUCAUGUGUCUGAUGAAGUUUGUCAAAGGACUAGGAGAGGUGGACUACAAGGAGAUCGGAGACUGUGUGAACCCGUCUGGACACAGCUCCACAGACCUGUGCCUCCCAGCUCUGGAUUAUCUGCACAAAUGUUCACAGCUGUUGUCAAAGAUCUACAAGAUGCCCUCUAAGCCGGUGUUCCUGGGCGCUCGUUUGGCCAGUCUGCCCAUGAGGGGGCAGGCGCGCUCGGUCAGCAGCGAGGACGGCGUGGACUGUGUGCUGCAGGAGUUCGACGAUGACACUGGCCUGAUCCAGGUGUGGAUCCUCCUCCUGGAGCAGCUGACGGCCGCCGUGUCCACCUGCCCCCGGCAACACCAGCCCCCCACCCUCGAGCUGCUCUUCACCCUGCUCCGAGAGCUCACCCACGUGCCAGGUCCGGGCUUCGCCAUCUUCUCCGUCAUCCAGCUGCUGCUUCCCGUCAUGUCGCUAUGGUUACAGCGGAGCCACGGUGACCACGCCUACUGGGACAUGGCGGCGGCCAACUUCAAGCACGCCAUCGGGCUGUGCUGCGAGCUGGUGGUGGAGCACGUGCACAGCUUCAUUCACUCCGAUAUGGGGUAUGAGUCUCUGAUAAACCUGAUGCUGAAGGAGUUGUUUAAGCUGCUGGUGUCGUGUGUGUCUGAGCCUGCAGAGCCCAUCUCCAGAGUGGGCUGCUCCUGCAUCAGGUACGUGCUGGUGACCGUGGGCCCCGUCUUCACCGAGGAGAUGUGGCGUCUGGCGUGCUGUGCCCUGCAGGACGCCUUCUCUGCCACACUGGAGCCGGUCAAGAACCUGCUGGCGUGUUUCCACAGCAGUGCAGACAGCUCCAGCGCAGACGCCUGUGAGGUGAAGGUGGCCGCUCCGUCUCACUCUCCGUCCGCUGAGGCCGAGUACUGGAGGAUCAAGGCCAUGGCCCAGCAGGUUUUCAUGUUGGACACUCAGUGCUCCCCAAAGACGCCCAGUAACAAAGAGGGUUUCGAGCACGCGCAGUCCUGCGUCCUGAUCAUCGAGGUUCCCGGGGACCAGCAGGCGAACGGGCACACGCACAAGAGGAUCCCGUUCAGGAACAUCGUGGUGUCGCUCCUGUCGCACCAGGUGCUCCUGCAGAACCUGUCUGACAUCCUGCUGCAGGAGUUCGUGAAGCAGCCCGAGGGUCAGGAGCGCGUGACCCCCGUGACCUCUGACCCCAGCCGCCCCCCCGCCGGCUUCCUGCGCUACAUCUCCAUCACCAACCUCAACAUCAUCCUGGACCUGCUGCUCGACUCCUACAGAACCGCCCGGGACUUCGACACGCGCCCGGGGCUCAAGUACCUCCUGAUGAAGGUGUCUGGAGUGUGUGGAGCCGCCAACCUGUACCGCCAGUCUGCCAUGAGCUUCAACCUGUACCUGCAGGCUCUGCUGGGGGCCAUCCUGAGCCAGGCCGACUGCAUCAGCGCCCAACAGGUGAAGAAGAUCCUGUAUGAGGAAGAGGAGGGCAGCUCUGACUCCUCCCACCCGAACUCCGCCUCCUCUGAGGACGAGGACAUCUUUGAGGAGACGGCUCAGGUGAGUCCUCCUCGUGGGCGGGACAAGCGUGCCCCGUGGCGUGCCCCGGUGCCCUCCCUGAGCGUGCAGCCGGUGGGCGGGGCAGACUGGGCGUGGCUGGUGAAGCGUCUGUACAAACUGUGCAUGGACCUGUGCAGCAGCUACAUCCAGAUGCACCGGGACCUGGACUCGGCCCUGGAGGAGCGCGCCGGCCUCGGGGUGGAGCACCUCCUCCUCCUGCCCAUGUGCCACUCGGAGACGUCCACGCCCACCUCUGUCGGCGGGUACUCUGCCCGCGGUACCCCGUCUGAGGACUACGGGUACAGAGGGCACACGACAGACACCAGCACCGCCUCGCCCGGAGACACGCCCACGCCCAGCCCCGGGUUCAGCAGUGGCAGUUUGCCCCACCACUUCCGCACAGGCAGUGACAGCCGUGAACCCGGUCUGUCCUCGGGGCCCGGUCUGAGCUCGGGGCCCGGUCUGAGCUCGGGGCCCGGUCUGAGCUCGGGGCCCGGUCGGAGGAAGGAGUGGUGGGAGAGCGCGGGAAACAAACUUUACUCGAUGGCGACGGACCGGACGCUGAGCAAACUGAUGCUGGAGUACAAGAGGAGGAAGCAGCAGCAGCAGACGCCGCAGCAGAGCCACCUCAACCUCUUCAUGAAGGAGCAGGGCCGCGGCACGGAGAAGAGGGGCCCCGCCGAGCCCCAGAGGCCCCUGCAGAGACCGCAGAACCUCCUGGACCAGCAGGGGCCCACCCUGAAGCACUCUGUGAGCGCGGGGCCCGAGGUUCUGCGUCAGGACAAGAGGCCCCGCUCCGGCUCCACCGUGAGCUCUCACACCAUCUCCCUGAGAGACGCCGAGGCGCAGAUCCAGGCCUGGACCAACAUGGUUCUGACGCUGCUGGACCACAUCCUGCUGCUGUCCACGGCGUCCUUCCUGUCCCUGCAGCCCGUCCUCUACCCGUGCCUGAGUCAGCUGACGUGUCACGUGAGCGACCCGCGCGUCCGCCAGGCCCUGCGCGAGUGGCUGGAGCGAGUGGGACGUCUGUACCAGAUCACCGCCGAACGCUGCCCGGAAACCGCCAAGUGACCCCGGGACCGCCGCGCCGUGAUUGGCCGGGCGGGCGGUCGGGGGCGGGACGCUACGCCGAUGCACAAGAUCUGAUUGGUUCGGGAGAUUUGAGCGACAGAACGUUUACGAGUUCGAGGUCAGAGGACGACUUCUUUUGAUACUUGAAAUCCGAGCAGCACAACGCGAGAGGAGCCGUCCUGGAGGAAACGUGAGACGAUCCGAACGUCCGUGGAGAAAACGUCGGGUAUUUGCGGCCUUUCCCGAGUGUGAGCGCCCCCUGGAGGGAGGUGGCCCCAUGUCGUGACUGUGAUUUCUUAUAAUAAUCCUGUAAUACUGGAGCUUUUGAUAUAUCGGCCUCUAUGCUCUGCCCGCUCCUCUGCAUCUGCUGCUUCCAGUGACUCGUCCAUAUGUGUCCAAAAAAUAAAAAUAA